AAGAAACACAACACAAACCAUAUAUAUUUGUAUAUAUAUAAUAUAUUAAUUUAUGUUAAGUAAGUGGUUUGCCCACCAAAUAAACCAAACAUUAAUACAAUAUUAUUACAUGAUUAUUAUUAGCUUAGCUUAGGUGACCAAAUAAUUAAGUCACAGAAUCCCCAAAUGAAAGGUAACCACGCCAGAACCAGAAUAUCUUCAUUGCUUUCCUCAUAAUAUCAAUAAUCUCCCCAUUAUAGUACUACUCUUAUUUCUUCCUUCUUAUUUUCAAUUCAAUUAUAAUAAUAAUAAAUAUUAUUAAUUAUAUGUAUAGUCUCAUAUAUACAUACAUAUAGUUUGAAUUGAAUGUUUGAUAUGUUCCCUUAGCUCCCUCUUUCGUACUACUAUAUAUAUUUAUAUAUAUUCCAACAAUAUUUUGCAACUGCCAACUCUAAAAUCCAAAAAAAAAAAUGAUUCCGUUUUUCAGUUAUUAUAAUAAACUGUUAAACAUAUUAUUAUUCAUCUUCUCUUUCCUCAUAACUAAUUCUUCUCCCGCCAGAAUUAUACCCGAUCAAGUAACCGUAAUAACCGCCGAUAUACACAACAGCGCCACGUGGCACGAUUUCUCAAGGUUCCUCGACGCUGAAAAGGGAAGCCACGUCAGCGGCAUCUCCCACCUCAAAAAUUACUUCCACCGUUUCGGUUACCUAACCGCUACUACCGGCGCCGGCGCUGGCCACCGUAACGACGACACCUUCGAUUCCCAACUACAAUCCGCCAUAAUCCUUUACCAGAGAAACCUGGGUUUACCGGUAACUGGUAAUCUCGACUCCGAAACCAUCGAAACCAUCAUUUCCCCGAGAUGCGGCGUCGCCGAUUCCACCGCCACCGCCGUCUCCGCCGCCGUACACAAGACACGUCACUACGCUUACUUCUACGGCAAGCCGAGGUGGGAACGAACACCGCCGCUGACGCUCUCCUACGGCUUCUCCCCCGACGCCACGCUGAAAUACCUCACCGGAGACGAAAUCCGUACGGUGUUCCGGCGAGCUUUCAGCCGGUGGUCGGCGGUGAUCCCGGUGAACUUCACCGAAAUCGAGGAGUACAAUUCAGCAGAUAUUAAGAUAGGGUUUUACAGAGGAGAUCACGGGGAUGGAGAGCCUUUUGAUGGGGUUUUAGGGGUUUUAGCACACGCUUUUUCGCCGGAAAACGGGAGGUUCCACCUUGAUGCGGCGGAGUCAUGGAGCGUUGACUUUAAUAAGGAAAAGUCAAAAUCGGCGAUUGAUUUGGAAUCGGUGGCGACUCAUGAGAUUGGGCACUUGUUGGGUUUGGGACAUUCGAAGGUUAAAGAGGCUGUUAUGUAUCCGAGCUUGAGUCCUCGGAUUAAGAAGAUUGAUUUGAAGAUUGAUGAUGUUGAAGGAGUUCAAGCCUUGUAUGGCUCCAAUCCAAAUUUCAAGCUCAGUUCUUUUUUACAGUCUGAUCAUAAUAAUGAUGAUCAUACAUAUUACAAUCAGUCUUUUUCAUCAAAAAUCACUCUUUCUAAACUCUCUUUAUUCUUUUUACUCUCUUUUUCUUACUUACAAAUAUACUUUUUUCUUUUUUAAUUUUUCACAUUAUUAUUAUUAUACACACUCAAAAAUCAAAAUUAUUUAUACAGUUAAUGAAAGUGAAAGAUUUUUUUUUUUUUUUUGAAUAUGUAUUUUUUUGACAGUUUAUAUAAUAAUAUUAAUUAGCCCCACUUAUAAA